GUGGAUCCCGGGCAGCAGCCGCCUCGUCGCCGUGGACCUCGGCAGCGGAGCCUCCGCUGCCCACCGAGCCCCGGGCUUCCUCCCUCCCGCUCCGGUCCAACUCUCCGUGACCGCGGUCCAGUGAGGGGUUCAGCGAUCACUCCCAAAGGAAGAAAGAAAAAGAAAGCGACAGAAGAGGGGUCAGCUAUCGUCUCCUACCAGCGACUGGCGGACUGUCCAUCGCGCGGCACAAAGUUUCGGAACCUACUGGCACCCAUUUUGCACCCCAUUUCACUUUUUAUUUUAUUUUAUUUUGGGGAGAUUGGCAUUAAAAUGAAAGGACAAAAUUGGGCGCAGACUCUUGCAACUUGGAUGGCGACUUGCGCGUUUUCAGCGGCGGUAUCUCCAGGAGAAAAAGCCACGCGCGCCUGAUUGUUCUGUGGUUCACCCCCCCCCAAAAAAAAACUGCUUUGCGUGUGUGCGCGCGAGUGUGUGCAUGUGUUUGGGUGUAUGUACACAGACGUCCACUCGGCAACUCUGAGCUGCAGGAUCAGCCCCUGGAAGCAGACGUUUUCGGACACAGACCCGGAGAGGAGGAGCCCAGGACCCGGAGGAGGCGUGAGCCACCCCGGAGUUUGCAGAAUCAGUGGUGUGAAUGAACUGGGGGCACCUUGGGAGUAGGGAUUGCCCUCUCCCUCCUCCCCCCCCCCGUCUCUCCGCUCUUCCCCGCCUCGGGCCACACAGUUGAGUAGUGGGACUUUUUUUUCACCCUCUUGUGAAGAAGAAUUUUUUUUUUUUAUUAUUUGUUGUAAAGAAGUCUUUUGCACAAUCACGCCCACAUUUGGGGUUGGAAAGCCCUAAUUACCGCCGUCGCUGAUGGACGUUGGAGAGGGAGCGCCUCGCCGCGGAACAGUCGCCUGCGCGCCCUCGUCCGACCCGUGGCUCCUUCUUCUCGGUGUCCCCGUCCCCCCCACAUACACACCCGGGAAGAGCUCGACCCCCGGCCCUGGCCACCGACCCUCGAGGCAUCCGAGCCUCUCAGGUUCUUGGGCACAUCUCUCGUCCACGCCACACCAGGUCGGUAGCUCAGGUUCCAGGGACCCGUGCCCGCUUCGGCUCCGGUUCACUGCGCCCACCCGACGCGCCCAGGAGGACUCCGCAGCCCGACUCGCCUUCGUCGUCGCCCGGGGCUUAACCCCGCCGCUCCGCUCGGAUUCCUCGGCCGUCCACGCUCGCUCGGGCGCUCGGCCGCCACUUCCUCCCCGCGCCCCCUCCCCCUCGCCGUGAAGAAGUCCAUUGGAAUAUUAAGCUCAGGAGUGGCUUUGGGGACGAUGGCUGGAACUGCAAGGACUUCCAAAUUCUUCCUAAUGGCUUUGGCCAUUUUUUUCUCCUUCACCCAGGUUGUAAUAGAAGCGAAUUCUUGGUGGUCGCUGGGUAUGAAUAGCCCUGUUCAGAUGCCAGAAGUGUAUAUCAUAGGAGCGCAGCCUCUCUGCAGCCAACUGGCGGGGCUCUCUCAAGGACAGAAGAAACUGUGCCACUUGUAUCAGGACCACAUGCAGUACAUUGGAGAAGGCGCGAAGACGGGCAUCAAGGAAUGCCAGUACCAGUUCCGGCAUCGGAGAUGGAACUGCAGCACUGUGGAUAAUACCUCAGUCUUUGGCAGGGUGAUGCAAAUAGGCAGCCGCGAGACGGCCUUCACGUACGCGGUGAGCGCCGCGGGGGUGGUGAACGCCAUGAGCCGCGCGUGCCGCGAGGGCGAGCUGUCCACGUGCGGCUGCAGCCGCGCCGCGCGCCCCAAGGACCUGCCGCGGGACUGGCUGUGGGGCGGCUGCGGCGACAACAUCGACUACGGCUACCGCUUCGCCAAGGAGUUCGUGGACGCGCGCGAGCGCGAGCGGAUCCACGCCAAGGGCUCCUACGAGAGCGCGCGCAUCCUCAUGAACCUGCACAACAACGAGGCCGGCCGCAGGACUGUGUACAACCUGGCAGAUGUGGCCUGCAAGUGCCACGGAGUAUCAGGCUCAUGUAGCCUCAAGACCUGCUGGCUGCAACUGGCGGACUUCCGCAAGGUGGGCGAUGCCCUGAAGGAGAAGUAUGACAGUGCAGCGGCCAUGCGGCUCAACAGUCGGGGCAAGCUGGUGCAGGUUAACAGCCGUUUCAACUCACCCACCACGCACGACCUGGUCUACAUUGACCCGAGCCCAGACUACUGCGUCCGCAACGAGAGCACAGGCUCCCUGGGCACCCAGGGCCGCUUGUGCAACAAGACGUCAGAGGGCAUGGAUGGCUGUGAGCUCAUGUGCUGUGGCCGUGGUUAUGACCAGUUCAAGACCGUGCAGACCGAGCGCUGCCAUUGCAAGUUCCACUGGUGCUGCUACGUCAAGUGCAAGAAAUGUACAGAGAUCGUGGACCAGUUUGUGUGCAAAUAGUGGGUUCUUGGCAGCCCACCACCCAGCUCCACUCCCAAGACCCACUUAUUUAUGGAAAGUACAGUUGUGCUGGUUCCUUGUGUCUUCCCCCAGGAAUUGCAGCCGGAACCACAAUGGUUUUUUGUUUUUUGUUUUUUUCUGUUACCAUCUAAGAACUCUGGUUUAUUAUUAAUAUUAUAAUUAUUAUUUGGCAAUAAUGGGGGGGUGGGAAUCAAGGAAGAUAUUUAUUUUGUGGAUCUUUACAAGGGUAGCACAAGACUUCUUGUGGUAUUAUAGGAUAAAGGGGAAAUAACAUAUAUGCCCAUAUGCCAACUUAAGCUGUGUGGACAUGAUUCACCUCCAGAAGGUAUAGGAAGUGUGUAUAUAUACAUACAUACAUAUAUAUAUAUAUAUAUA